AUGAUCAUCGUAGCAGUGUUUGUAUCAUUGCUUGCUUUACUGGCAGUCCAAGCAUCACAACCAUGGAAAGCGCUAGAUCCAGAGCAGACCUUAUACGUGUACAAGCGCUGUUAUGAAGAUCAUCUUCCAUCGGGAUUGAACAGGAAGGCUUACCUUACAUCAUGGAAUGCCUGGAAAUUGGAACCCAACGAUGCCAUUACACACUGCUAUGCAAAGUGUGUUCUGACCGGUUUGCAAAUCUUUGACGAGACGAAAAACUCUUUUGAGUCUGAGCGGAUUCCAAUUCAAUAUCGAGAGUACAGAAAACUCAACCAAGCUAAGCAAAGCGAAGUAUCUCAGUAUCAAAAGGCAUUGGCCGCUCUCAAUCCCAAAAAUGGAAGCUGUGUCGAUCUGUACAAUGCGUACUUACCGGUUCACAACCAAUUCGUGAAUCUGUCCCGCCAGCUGUAUCACGGUACGGUCGAGGGUGCUGCACGAAUUUAUGCCGCUAGACCCAAGCUCAAGCAGAAAGGUGAAUCUUUCCAUGCGUACUGUGAAAAGCGUACUUGGAAGGAUAAGAAGCAGAGUGAAUGGAAGCAGGGUCGCAAUUACAAGCUUAGUGGCAGUCCAGAACUGAAGGAAGCGAUCGAUUGCAUUUUCCGUGGAUUGCGUUACAUGGAUGGCAACAGAUUGAAGGUUGAUGAGAUUGUGCGUGAUUUUAAUCUGAUCAAUAAGAGCAUGCUGGAACCCGAGGUUCGCUCAGUGUUGGCUGGCUGCAAGGGAAGUGAAGCAUACGAUUAUUACUCCUGUCUAUUGAAAAGUCGCCUAAAAGAAGACUUUAAGAAGGCUUUCGAUUUCCACGAGCUCCGUUCGGCGGACUAUGCUUAUCUGCUGCGAGGAAAAGUUUACGAAGGUCCGGAAAAAGUUAAGGAAGAAAUGAAGCAGCUCAAUACAACGGUACACUUCUAGCACAGAAGAAAUUGUCCUCCAUCAUCCGU